UUCUUCUUCUUCUUCUUCUUCUGUGAAAGCAUGGAAUCAUCAUCGCGGCUAAUGAACCGCGAGAAGUUCGUGACGAAGGUAAUUUGGCCUGCGAUUCGAGGGCAAUCUUGUCCUAUCUGCCUCAAAGAUCUCGAGGCUCGUAGAGCGGCGGUCCUCACCGUGUGCGCGCACGCCUAUUGCGUCGAAUGCAUUCGCAAGUGGAGCGACUUGAGACGAAAAUGCCCUCUCUGUAACGCCGACUUCGAUGCCUGGCUCUGCAAAAUCAGCCUCUCUUCUCGAACUUUCUACAAAGAGAAAUUGCCUGCUUCGAAUAAUCGUACACGAAACGUCGACGUUGGGGUCGGUUUCAGCAGCCGACGAAUACAUAAUCGAAGGAUUGUCCAAAGAACACAGGAUGAAUCAAAUAGCAUUGGCCGGCGAACAAGGCCAUUGCCAUGGCGGCGAUCGUUUGGACGGCCGGAAUCUAUGCCUCCUGAUGUUAUUGCUGAAAGAAAACUUCAAUGGCGUGCAAGCAUAUAUUGCAGACGCUUGCGAGCUGUUCCUUCAUGUCCCCGGAAUUGUAUUGGGCCGUUUCAGAAUGUAUCUGGAAAUAUUGGUGUGAAAGAAAGAAUAGUGCAAAGAAUAGAACCAUGGAUUCGGAGGGAGGUGCAGGCUAUCCUUGGGGACCCAGAUCCUUCUAUUAUUGUUCACGUGGCAACCUCUCUUUUCAUAGCAAGCCUUGAAAAGAAAAUUAAUGUCCCUUCAGAACAAGUCGAUGUUGAAGAUAACUUCAUUGCACCUUUGCAUCCUUUCUUGCACGAUAGGACCAACAUGUUUUGGCAUGAAUUAAGAUGUUUUGCAGAGAGCUCAUUAAACAUGGAGACAUAUGAUACAGUGGUUGACUAUGAGCAGUUGGGUUAAUAAGUCAUAAGUGCAGAGAAGACUUAUCAGUUCAACUCAAAUCUCUUCCACUUUUUCCUGCAUUGCACCUGAAGGUGCCAUGGUGGAAAGUUGAGCCAUCCCUUUCUUUCUAAACUUGCCUUUUGAGUGGCAUGUUGUUAUUCUCAACAAGGUUUAGCAGAGGCUACUGAAAUGCAUGAUCGUGUGAUGUAGCUUAAGCUUGGUUACUGACCUACUGGAAAGGAGCCAAUUCAUAUUUGGCUAUGAUGUUCAAGCAGAGCAAAAUUUGAAGUUGCAGCAUGGGCUAAAAAAAUGCCCACAUCAAGCUUAUGACAAAAAUAUUGCAGUGAAAAGGGAUUAUCAGCUCACUGGGUACGGCUGGCAGUCUACAUUGGGGCAGCCAGAAGAUUACUCAUGGUUGGAGCUUUGAGGUGCCUUAAAUCUCGUAUUUUCACAAUUUCUCACUCAUUUGUGUUGCACCAUUGCAAAUUAGUCCCUUACCAAACUCGUUUCUGUCACAUUGCCCCUAACCCUUGCUGAAGAGCAUACAGAGUAUUCAAAUUUGUUGCUGCGAUCCAUGGCGGUUGAUUCUAUUUUACUUAUAAUGGAUGCUGGUUUGUCUCGUGUAAAUUGAAGUACUUUGUAAUGUUUGUCAAUCAAUCGGUAUGUAUAAAUAGCAAUUUCUUGCACAUA